AUGGACAAACACAUCGAAUCUCUAAACAACCUUCCGAGGGUUACUAAAGAGAAUACGGCAAGUAUGCGAAAGCUUAUUGAUAUAUGUACCAAAAACGUUGAGGCGCUUAAAAAUUUGGCAUUGCCAGUUACUGGACUUGGAGAGCAAAUAUUGUUGAAUCAAAUCACUUCAAAAUUGGACAAGACGACGCGAAUGGCUUGGGAAAGUCGUCAGAAGAAAGGUGUUUAUCCCAACUACGAAGCAACCAUCGAAUUUCUGCAAGAGCAGUGCCGAAUCUUGGAAAAGGUGGACAUCAACGUGAAGCCUGCAGCUGAAAGUGUCAAAGCGAAAUCAGUUGCUUUGAAAAAAUGGGGAAACUGCUUCAAUUGCCUGCAAAGAGGCCAUCGUACGAAUGGAUGCUCGUCGUCUCGUAACUGUCGUGACUGUGGAAAACGUCAUCAUACUGUGCUACAUAAUGAUAGCUCAUCCACACCGGCGCAGGCAGAUUCGGCAACAUGUAAAAACGAUGCAUCGCAAGCAACACAGAAUUCCAAUAAGAGAAUUGAGGAUGUUAAGCAGCAAUCGGCCGUUUCUUUGUGUGUCAGUACUGCUAACGAUUCUAAACAGAUUCUACUUUCUACGGCUGUUAUGAUGGUUCACGGUGAUAGCAGUGCACUUUAUCCAUGCCGUGUAUUGCUCGAUUCGGCCUCGCAAAUGCAUUUUGUUACAGAACGUUUUGCGAAUCUACUAUCGCAGCGAAAGGAACCAGUAGAUUAUUUGGUUAGCGGAUUAAAUGGUUCAAAUACACGUCUUAGAAAUAUGAUUAGAACCACAAUACAAUCUUGUAAUGGAGGAUUUGCAACGGAAUUGCAGUUUCUAGUUGCUCUACGAAUCACAGGAGAUGUUCCGUCAAAGUCUUUCGAUAUCUCGAACUGGCCAAUCCCCAGCGGAAUCGAGUGGGCCGAUCCAGCAUUUAACAAACGAGGACGCAUCGAUAUGUUGAUUGGUGCUGAAAUAUUCUGGGAUCUUGUGAAAGAUGAUCGUAUUACUCUUGCAUAUAACUUACCGGUUCUUAUAAAGACUGAACUUGGUUGGAUAGCCGGAGGAGUGCUAACUGAACAAAGCGCAGUUCUUGCUCAUUCAUUUUGCCAAAUUGCUAAUGAAGAACGACUUGAAGAUUUACUGAAGUGUUUUCAUCGGCUGGAAUCAUGUGAUGAGAUAAAUACUUCUAGGAGAAACGAUCAAGAAUGCUAA